AUGGUUGACCACCACCCAGAUUCUGUAGAUGCCAGAAACACCUUUGAAGACCUUUCCGGGGUAGAUAUUGCUGCAUUUGCCAACCCAUACGAUGCCCUCAUCCAGAGCUCCCAGAAUGAUCCAGCCAGAAUACAAAAUUUCUAUGGAACCCAUCGAACGACGAGGAACGAGCAGCAGCGAGUCAAAUUACUAUCACCAGAUUUCUCGGGCCUCAUUCUAGACCCCAUCCUCCAAAAGCUCACAGACCCCUCCAUUGAGCCUGGCUUUCAAGACCCAAGAUACUGUAUCGUGUUCUGGGCUCGACCGCCACCUCAUAUCCGCUCUCUCGUAGACAAGGUCCAGCAAGAGCUCUUGGCACUCGCCCCGAACCUCUGGGUAAUGCCAAUCAAUAACCUCCACCUUACCGCCCUAGAAAUAACCCACUCCCUGACCUCCCCCGAAAUCUACUCCAUCCUCUGUGCCCUCGGCUCCCCCACCAUAGAAGCCAUGACUGACUACCCUUACUCCCACCGAGCACGGCUCAUCAAGCCCAUGAUAUCUUACGACGGUGCUGCCCUCGCGUUGUCAUUCUUGCCCGCGGCAGGGGAGACCCUUCCCUCUGGAGAAAGGACCAAAGAAGACGAUGCUUUCACCUACCACCAUCUCCGCCGCGACCUCUUCAACCUCGCAAAAUCUACCGGCGUAUCCGUAGAUUCCCGCUACGUCGUUCCCUCAUCGCAUAUCACGCUCGGUCGUUUCCUGACACAAGCUGAUCAUGACUCGCCCGAGAAGAUGCGGGAGUGGAUCAAGAAGAUUGAGGAUUUAAAUCAGUGGUUAGAGAAUGAGUGGUGGCCGAAAGAAGGGGAAAAGAGGGAUGGCGCGAAGGAGUGGGUGGUAGGUAUGGAGAAGGGGUUGGAUUGCAGGCAAGGUACACUGUGGUAUGGGGAUGGGGAAACGGUGAGGUUGGGAAAGGGAUUUUAG